AUGCAGUAGAAUGAGCUACCAAGAUUGUCUUGGUCAGCCAUAUCGAGACUGUAAUUCUUAGCUCGGAAACUAUUUGCGAAUUAAAAUAAUUAUCUCAUAAACUGAAAAAUUAAAAUUCGUUACAAUUCACUAUACAUUGUAACGUGAUCGUUUUUAAUAAAUAAUUUAUGGAUGAUAAAACAAUUGUAUAUUUUGUAGAAAUAUUUACUGUCACACAGUUUUGAGGAAAUCAUAAUUAUUUGAUAAAUUCAGGAAAUGCAGGAAAGUGAUUCAAUGCAAGAGUAAUGAAAUCAUCUGAAUAAAUUAAUUCUAUUCGCUGUUAUGUUUAUACAAUUGACUCAUUUUCCUCGAUAUCUGGAUGUUGGAACGUGACGAUCAAGAAAUCAAUUAACGUUUACACGUCUACUGAUACCUUCCUCAUCCCACGAGAGAUUAUUCAUAAAUUAACCUUGCGUAGCGAUCGGCUUCGACCAAUUCAAAAACAGUCUCGCUCCCCGGGAAAAAGACGUCAGCUCCUCCACUUUUGGAUAGAUGCUUAUUUACACCGACGGAUCAGUUCAGGAUUUCACUCCUUCGAAAAGCAUGCAGCUCUUGUCGCUAAUAUGUCAGUUGACAGUGAUAGCUGCAUUGCCAGCUUCGUUCUCGGUGGCCAAAAUUUCGCGGCUGUUGACCGUAACGAAUGGUACUGAAUCACAUUUGUAUCACGACUACUACAGAAAUCGAGAGCACAGAAUUUGCGAGACCUCGUACUGCAAUGAGAUCGCGAAGAAAAUUUUGCAAAACAGAGACCUGAAUGCAGACCCUUGCGAAGAUUUCUACCAGCACGCUUGUGGGUCAUGGACGAAGCACAACCCCAUACCAGACAACGAAGUAGAAUGGUCAGAAGACCAGAUUGUUAUGGAAAAGACACACAGACAAAUCAGAGAUGCCCUUGAGGAACGCGACGAUCCUACUGAUAUUCCUCCUGUUAAGAAGGCCAAGAAGCUUUAUCGAUCCUGUAUGAAUACAGAGGCCAUUGAAAAGAGAGGCAUCAGACCAAUUCAAGAAAUCUUGGACCAAACUGGCGGAUGGCCGAUGGCGAUGCCAUUGAACGAAUGGGACCCUGAUAAAUUCCCUUGGCAGAAAAUUGAUAAAGACUAUGUGAGACUGAUCGGUAAUAGCGCUUUCUAUAAUCUUGAAUACGAAGUUGAUCAGAACAACACGAAGAGAUAUGUAUUAACAUUGGAUCAAGACACUGAAUACCCUCUUUCAAAUAAAAAGGAUAUAAAUAAAUUAUUCUACGACGACGACUCGUAUGCUCUUAGUAUUUAUCACAUAAUUCAAGUUUUUGCACGAGAAAAAGGAUACACGUUGAAUCGACGCGAAUUGGCCAUAGAUAUCGCACAAAUGAUGUAUUUUGAAAUUGAUUUGCUACAAAUCAUUGAAAUUGGGAAGGAAGUUCAUGCUACGACUGAUAAUUACGAAAAGAUGACGAUUGAAGAAUUGCAAAAAUGGUAUAAUAGUUCUGGUGUUAGAGCUUCCACGGCAAAGAUCAACUUCUUGGAGCUGAUACAACACGCAUUUAUGCUGGCUAACAUAAGCAUAAACGCAUCGGAACCAAUAGUGGUGUAUAAUCCAGCAUUCCUUCACAAGCUGGCGAGGUUGCUUGCGAACACCUCACCACGUGUACUAGUGAAUUAUGUCCAAUGGAACAUGGUCGACAAAUUUUUACUUUAUACCACAGAGGAGAUGAGAGACCUCAAGUUCAAUAUGUCCUUAUCGUCGUACAAUAUUUCCAAUUAUAUGCCACGAUGGCAAAUUUGUGUGUUCAAUAUGAGAAUGAAAAACGCGAUUUCUUACAUGUUUGUAAAAAGGCACAUCUCUGAUGAUGUUGUCCAUGAGGCGACAAGAAUGGUUCGAAGGGUCAAAGACGAGCUAAUACAUCGUAUAAUGCAGGCUCAUUGGAUACCAACCAACAUGAAACUAUUAUUACUGGAAAAAAUGGAUACUUUGAGAACACAAAUUGGAUACCCAGAUUGGUACAAAGACGAUCAUGCUGUUACUGAAUAUUAUGAAGGGUUGGAGAUAGGUUCAGAUUACUUUGAAAAUAUUUUGAAGUGUGGAGAAGCUGAAUUAAUAAAAAGUCUCAAAGAUUUUAAAGGCAUCGUUAUAAGAGAUCAAUGGUUGGAUUAUCCUAUAACGGUUAAUGCAUUUUAUACUCCGAUAGUUAAUGCGAUACUUAUACCAGCAGCCGAGUUGCAGGAUCCUUAUUUUACUUCACUUUUACCAGAUGCUAUUAAUUACGGAACCACAGGAUUUGUAAUUGGACACGAAUUGUCUCAUAGUUUAGACAACGAAGGUAUACAAUUUGACAAAGAUGGCUAUAAAAUUUCAUGGAAUUCACAGAAUGCAUCAGGCGAAUACGAUGAAAAAGCACAAUGUUUUGUAGAUCAGUAUGAUAAUUACACUUUGGAUAUCACAGACAAACAUGGUCAUUACAUUAAGGUAGAUGGACAAUUAACAGAAGAUGAAAAUUUGGCAGAUUCGAUUGGUAUACAAAUAGCAUAUGCAGCCUUUAAAACAGCCACAAAGCACAAGCAUCAAACAAGAUUGCCUGGUUUGGAAUACGUUACCAGUGAUGAAUUAUUCUUUUUAGCAUUUGCCAAUUCCUGGUGUUCAUCGACGAGGCCAGAGUACGAAGCAGACGUGAUCAACAGCGAUGAACACAGUCCACCAAAGUAUCGUAUAAUAGGUUCCCUAUCAAACAUGCCCGCGUUUUCAAAAACGUUCAGAUGUUCAAAAAAUAGUACCAUGAACCCACGACACAAAUGUAGUUUAUGAAGUUGAACAAUAUUAAUUUUAUACCAAGAAAUAGGAUAAUAUAAUAAUUUUCCAAUACGUACCUCUAUUUUAUACAAUUUGUAAACAACAAAAUAAUGUACUUAAUACUUUUAAUAUGACUGAAAGUUUGUUUCUC